CACAAAUAUAUUCAUUAUUCACAUUCGUGAUAAUAUAAUAAAGGUGUAGGAUUAUUCCAACACGUACAACAAUGUAUCAUACCUAGUUAACUCUCCGGAUUGUUCAGUUCACAAAAUUAUAGUUUCGGUUGAUACCCAGUUUUAUCGAAAAGUCGCAAAAAUAUCAUUUUAAAACAGUUUAAAAUUGGUCUUUGCUUUGUAUGUUCAAUCAUAUAAGGAACACUAUACAACUGCAAAUAUGAUGAAAACGGAAUGUUACUAUUUUUUUUUAACACUUACCCUUGUCAGUAUUUUGGAAUUUUCUGCAGUUGACUGUUCUGAUAUCCCUGAUGACUAUACGAGGGUGGUUAGACAUAAUAACUAUGUCUUACAACUAUGUCAAAAUGAACAUUUGCCUUAUUUGAUUGAACAAGUUAUUCGUACAGAUCAAACGAUAGAAGAUAUAUCUUAUACAUUUGCUGUACCAGAAAAAGCAAACCAUCGAUCAUCUGAGUCCUUUCAACGAGAGGAAAGACUUCGAAGCCUGCUGAGGACGUUUUACAGGGUUACAGGUCUUCCUGACUUACCUACAACUCAACAAGCUCCAGAUGCGAGGUUACUGCCAGAUCUUGGAAUUAAAAGAAGAGAGACAGUUGCAAAGGUUAUGGAGUUUCUAAUAACAAGAAUUUCACUUGGAUAUAUGAAUAAAAAUCUGUGUCGCUCAUUAGGAUUACUCAGAAGUGUACUAGACCCAGAAUCAUUUAUAAAUUCUUUUAAUAUCAAUCACGGCGUAUGUGUCGUAACUUCAACUAUAGGCGGCACUGUAAAAAGCAGCAAAUUCAAGUGUGUUCGUGACGGGAUUGUUCAAGUUGAGAUCAAUGAUACCGAUCGAACAGAACCACUAUCUUAUUCGCGGGCGUGGUGAUUUAGACCAGUAAUAUGUACGAUUUAUAUAUUGUUAAUGAUCAUAUACAAAAUGAUAUCGUACAUUUUAAUUAUUUUUAGUAUCAUAAUAUAAUACUUGAAAUAAUGUUUUAAUACUGCACUUACAUACAAUUUAUAAAAAAUAUAUAAUGCACUUCAUAAUAAAUAGUUUUGCUUACAGCUUAAA